UCGUUUUCUUUUGUGGCAGCAAUGAUCCGGUUGAAUAUGAAAGUUGAUAACGCUUCUAUUCUUGAAGGAGGUUCGUAUUUGAAGCAUCUGUAAUAGAAUCUCUGAGAACAAAAUAUUCCAAAAUGAUGGUGAACGUUCUAGAAGGCCACAAACAACCCCUUUCAAGAGUAGCAGCCUUAUCAACUUUCCUCUGGACACGAUUUAUGGCGGCCACUGAGGAAGAAGAAGGGAGCAAAAAGAUUCACUUAGUGGGAUUCACAGCGAAUCUUCGCCCAAGAAUGGAUCCUCCAUUACCAGAAUAUGCGUUCGGCAACUAUUCCUGGUAUCUUCGAACUUCUCCGACGUUAGACGAACAAGGAGAGUGUAAGGACCUUGGAAUACUGCUAAGAGAAGAGCUGAAUAAGAUCGACAAAGAUUUUAUUGUGAAGCUCCGAGAAAGCGGAGGAUGGAACCUAGUAGAGAAUAGAGAAGAGAUUGUUAGAGCAAUUGAGAAAGGAGAGACUGUUCUCUUAAGUUUCACAUCAUUGUGUAGGUUUCCAGUUUACGAUGUUGAUUUUGGAUGGGGGAAUCCAACUUUGGCAGUACCACCUGCGUGGAAAUUCAAGAAUUCGGUGUCUCUUAAAGAUACCAAGUCAGAUGGUGGCAUUGAAGCCUAUAUCAGCUUGACCGAGGAUGACAUGGCUAAAUUUGAACGUGACGUGGAACUCCUUGCUCAUGUUUCUACCACGGGGUUGAAAUAAUGUUACACUAUAAUGUUAUAUUAUCUCCGAUCCUAAUUAUAAGACCUCGUUUGUAGUCUACAAACGAUGUCUUAUAAUUAGAACCGGAGAUAGUAUAUUUGUAGAGCUUAAUUGGGUUCUCAUUUUCCAUUUA